AUGCGAAAUAACGAGCAAUCAACAAGAGCAGAUCCUCGCCGACAUCUCGGGCCACGCGCGGCCGGGCGAGGUGCUGGCUGUUUGGGGCCGAGCGGUUCGGGGAAGACAACGUUGCUGAACGUGCUGUCUGGCCGGCUGAAACCGGACUCGGGAGAGAUCCUGCUGAACGGGGAGCCGCUGACGAAGCGACUGAAGCGCAGUGUCUGCUACGUGCUCCAAGAAGACAUAUUUUUCGCGAACCUCACCCUAAGGCAAACCCUGACGUACGUGGCCCAGCUGCGGCUGCCUGAGCGGCUGAGCCGGGCCGAGAGGGAGCGUCAUGUCGACCACAUCAUCAGCAGUCUGGAGCUGGACCAGUGUCAGCACACCCAAAUAGGGGAGUACAUGAAAGGCGGCCUGUCCGGAGGCGAGAAGAAGAGAGCCAACAUCGGCUGUGAACUGCUAACUAAUCCAUCUAUCAUGCUCCUCGAUGAACCGAGCACCGGCCUGGACUCGAGCGCCACCUACAGCCUGAUCCGAAACCUCAAGGACUACGCCGUCAAGGAGCGCAAGACGAUCGUGCUCACCGUCCACCAGCCUUCUUCGCAGGUGUUCCACACGUUCGACAAGCUGCUGCUCCUCUGCGACGGGCAGAUGGCCUACUUCGGCGAGGCUGUCGACGUGGUGAACCACUUCGGCAGUCUUGGUCUGUUCAUCCAGCGCCACUACAACCCCGCCGACUUUGCCAUGGAGCAGGUGAAGCCGUCAUCACCCAGUCGACAGCUGGUGUUAUCGGCGGCGGCGGCGGCGGCGGCGGCAGAGACUCGUCUGCUCACCCGGCCAGAGACGCCCUACUCCAGCACGGACAGCCUGAGGUCCGGGGGGUCCGUGGACUCUGGUGAGCGGCCACCUCCUGACGCACUGCGGUCCUGGGGUCCUAAGUCAAGCAAGGGGUGGAGAAGCUCGACCCCCGACCGCUGGCCGACCAGCUUCUGGACACAGCUGAAGGUGCUGACAGCGCGGAACGUUCACGAGGCGCGGCCACGCGUGCUGAGCCAGCUGAACCUGUUGCUGACGGUGGUGCUGGCGCUGCUGGCCGGCCUGGUCUGGCUGCGCACCGAACGCUCCGAACAUGCUAUCGCUGACUUCCAGGGCUGGAUCUUCUUCUCCACCAACUACUGGAUGCUCUUCUCACUGUUUGGUGCACUCUUUGCCUUGCCCUCGCAGCAGAAAGUGGUGAACAAGGAGCGGGCGUCUGGGGCGUACCGGCUGUCGGCCUUUUACCUGGCACGGCUGGCUGGCGAGCUGCCGCUGCUGCUGGCGCCACCUGCCCUCUACUUCGUCAUCUCCUACCCCAUGCUGGGCGCCAGUUCGCCGCUCACGUUCGGUCUUCUUCUUCUGCUCCUGCUGCUCAACAGUGUGGUGGCAGAGAGCGUGGGUUUAUUUGUUGGCGUAGCCUGCAUGGACCUCCAGGUGGGCAACACGGUGGGCGCCAUCUUCACGUGCGGUGCCCAGCUGUUCAGCGGCUUCCUUUCCACGCACAUCCCCGGCUGGCUCGGCUGGAUGCGCUACCUGUCUGUGGUCUUCUACGCCUACCAGAACAUGCAUAUCGUCGAGUUCGGCAGUGGCGCGCCGUUCAGUACGAGCGCCGUGCUAGCACUGCGCUUCUGUUGA